AUGUUGGAAGACAUCACCACAAAGGUACGUGGCCACCUACAAAACAACAAUCGUGGUCUCAACAUACCACCUGAUGUACAGGUGGCAUGCGCACUACGCAUUCUGGCUGAGGGGAGCUUUCAGCGUCCGGCCGGCGACACCGUCAACGUCAGCCAAGCCUCUGCCAGCCGCAUAAUCCACCGCUUCUGUGAGGCUCUCAUUGCCACGCACCCUGAGGCGAUCCGAUUUCCAAGCAGAGAAGAAGAGGUGCAAGUCACGAAGAAUCUGUUUGAGGUCAAGUUUGGCCUACCCGGAGUGCUUGGAUGUGUGGACGGCACCCACAUAUACAUAAAGGCUCCGUCGAUAAACGAGCACCUCUACGUCAAUCGCCAUCAGCGACAUAGCCUGAACAUUCAGGCCGUGUGCGACAGUAACAUGCUGUUCACCAAUGUGGUAGCGAAGUUUCCUGGAGCGAGCCACGACGCCUUUGUCUUUGAACAAAGUGCCGUGGGACAGCUGCUUGCAGCAUCGAACGGCCAACUGGGCUACCUGCUGGGCGACAGCGGUUAUCCUCUUCGCCCCUGGCUCGUUGUCCCAUUCGAUGAGCGACAACAAGAUGAGAUGACGGCAGAUAAACUGGCUUUCAACAGGCGUCACACCAAGUGCCGCUCCAUCGUAGAGCGGAGUUUUGGGAUGCUGAAGUCACGGUACAGGUGCCUGGAUCGCUCUGGUGGAGUCCUUCAGUACUCACCCGAGAAGGCGUCCAAAAUAGUCGUUGCGUGCACUACGCUACAUAACUUGUGCAUGCUGGCUGGUCUGCCUGUGCCUGAUGAGCAGCCAGAACAAGAGCCGGAGCCAGAAGAGCCGAGAGCUGAGCUGCAGCUUGCAGAGGGCAACGGAGCGGCGCUGCUCCGACAGGGUGCUGAGCUCCGCAAUCGCCUAGUGGCGCUACUCAACGGCCGCUAA